AUGAACAAGAAGCUAUGCCCACUAAAUAGUAGUGCCUGUUUGUUCGCCUGCACAAAGCAACAUUCUAAGCAAGAGGAUAAAGAAGGAGGGCAAAAUUGCAGUCGUCUGUGGAGAAGGAAAAAUUCAAAGAUGCACCAGGGUCGCCUGCGUUUACGGCCAUGGCUGGAGGAACAGAUUAAGUCUGGGAGAUAUCCUGGAGUUGUAUGGCUAGAUGAACCUGCUCAGGUCUUUCAGAUUCCAUGGAAACAUGCCGCUCGGCAUGGCUGGAACAUAGACAAGGACGCCACUUUGUUCCGAAACUGGGCCAUCCAUACAGGACGAUACAAACCUGGAAUAGACAAACCAGAUCCCAAGACUUGGAAAGCCAACUUCCGCUGUGCUCUUAACUCCCUGCCAGAUGUCCAAGAGCUUCGUGACAAAAGCAUCAAGAAAGGCCACAACGCUUUUAGAGUCUAUAUUCUACUUCCCAACAGCAAAUUGCCAAAGAAGAGAAAAGACGUUUUCUGGAAGUAUAAGGAGGAGGACGGCAGAGGAGUUGCUCCUGAGAUGUUUGCUAAAAACUGCUAUUCAUUACCAUCAGUGAAAGAAGAACACCCAGCCACUUACUGCUGUUCCCCAGCCAAUAUCACCACGACAGCACAUGAAGGCCAAGUAAAUGCUAUGGAAGACCACGAGCAGACAGAAGCAGUGUUAAAGAUAGUAGACCACCUACAGAACACAGACCACUGGAGCCCUGUGCAUGAGCAUGAAAGAGGCUGGAGACCUGCAAAUUCCUGGAUGGAGGGUCUUUAUCAAUCAGUGGAUUUCGCCAACUACGCCUUCCAGGCAGAUUGGCACAACAUGACAAGUCAAUUUGUCUGAUAUAACCAGCAGGACAACUAAUCACAGUUUGCAAUAACUUUUAUACUGGAUUAAACACCAAAAGUGCAAUUGAAGUCAACUAUCACACAACUACCGGACCUUUUCCAUGAUUCUUUGACAAAACUAUAAGCGUGACUGCCUGUAUAUGAAUAUUGCAUAUGAAUAGCACUGAGAAUGUUAGAUCACUAUUAAGCUGUAACCUUGUUUUGUGUUAAAUGCAGAAGUUGUGCUGUACAGUGUUGGCCAAACGUAUUAAGACAACAUAUGCCAUGUAUUAUUAUUAUUAUUACAGUUGCACAAAACACGUGAUGUUAGUAAUUAGUUCUCGCCUAUCCGGCUGAAGAGUGGUGCUAAUUAGAAUCAGUUGAUUUAGUUAAUGCAUGGAAAAUUUUACCUCCUCAAGAUGUACACCUCUGAACAAAAACUGGGUAAAUUAAAGAGUUCUCAAAUGAGCUGCGACGAAUGAAUAAAUUUCUGUACAUGAUCUUGAGGAAGCAAUCAGGCAGGCAUGGAUAGAGCGAGUGACACCGGAGUAACUCACAUAUCUUUUUGACUCUAUUUAAUGUUUUAAUGAUAUUUUUAUUGCAUAAAAUGUGAUACACAUUAUCUAAACACUAUCUUUUCAUUAUUUAAAAAUAAUUAAAUAAAAAAUUAAAAAGAAUCUCAUUAAAACAUUGAAUUUCAUAUUGAGUCUCAAUAUUUUUGGCACCCACUGUACGCAUCAAACUUUAAAUUAUGCCUUUGUACUGGGAAAACUUUUUUUUUUCUUUUUUUAUUGUAAAGAUUACCUUUUUAAAAAUUAUUAAGCUUUUAAAGACUUUCAGCAAAACAUACAGGAUGUCUCUUCCUGUCCAAAUGAAGACUGAGUGGUGCUUUAAGGUUUUAUUCCCUUCAUUUUUGUUCAUAUUAAUCACUGGACUGGACACUAUUCUGGAGUCCUAUAUUGCUGUUAUAAUAAAUA